AUGGCGACCGACACGGAGGAGGCGGAGAAAGCCUUCAGAUCGGCGGAGGAGCGCUUCCUCGUCGACGACCUCGACGGCGCGCUGCGGGUGGUCCGGAACGCCAAGAGGCACUUGGCGUCGCUCCCUGCCCUGGAGAGCGCCCUCGCGGCGUACGAGGUCCACGCCGCCGCCCGCGGCGGGAGGAACUGCUGGUACGCGGUGCUCGGCGUCGGCCAGCCGGAGCCGGUCACGCACGACCACGACGCCAUCAAGAAGCGGUACAGGCGCCUCUGCCUCGUGCUGCACCCGGACAAGAACCGCUCGGCGGCCGCCGACGGUGCGUUCAAGCUGCUCCAGCGGGCGUGGGAGGUGCUCUCCGACCGCCACCCUCCGGGAACUGGCUCUGAUCCCGGCUCUGGACUCGGACCCGGCACCGGCGCCAAGCCCAGGCCGCCGCCGGCCGGAGCGCCCGACCCCGACUGGUGGUCCUCGUUCUUCGGCAACUCGCCGCCGCCUGGAGCGCCCGACGACCCCGACUGGUGGUCCUCGUUCUUCCGCAACUCGCCGCCGGCCGGAGCGCCCGUCCGCGACUGGUGGUCGUCGUACUUCCGCUACAAGCCGCCGCCCGAGCGCACCUGGUCAUCGUACGGCUACACGCCGCCGCCGCCGCCCUUCUCGUCGAGGUACGCGCGCAAAAAGGGCACCGCCUACUGCGGGCACUGCGGCUCGGAGUCCGAGUCCGCCGCGGGAGGCGGCCACCGCGGCACGCCCGGCGGCAGGUGCCACUCGUGCGGCACUCCCUUCAAUCCGCCGCCGGCGCGGCAGAGCCAGGCGGAGGGUGCCUCAGCCCCGCCCCCGGCAGGCAGCGCCGCCGAGCCACCGCCACGUGAUCCUCCGCCGCGGCGGCAACGUGACGAUGACGAGCGGGAGAAGUUCACGUGCCCCACCGAGUGCUCCCGGUGCAAAACGACCUUCUCGUCGCUGGUGUCCCGUGGGAUGUGCAAGCUCAGGUGCCAGGCCUGCUCCUACGACGCUUUCGUCUACGUGUACGACCGCCACCGGGCCAUCGCUUUCUGA